CAAAUCUAUUACAUUUAUUGAGCCAUGUACAGGCUUGCCAGAAAGAGAAGACUCUUAUACUCAGUCGUACAAAAGUCACCGGUAUGUCGUGCUACUUCAUCAGGCUCUGAGGUGACGUCAUCACUACAGCUUGUGACGUCAUACCCACAAUGUGUCACAUCAUGUUUCCAACAUGUGAGAGGUCUACACAGUACACCUCUUUCAUUGAAUUUAAUGGAGAGAAUGGCUGGUGUCGGCUCCUUUCGUUACGACGUAAUUCUUCCUGACAACGAUGCUAAACCUGAGACUUCGUUUAAAGAUGUAGGAGGACACUACGAAGCUAAGGUGGAACUCUCAGAAAUAGUUGAUUUCCUGAAGAACAGAAAGAAAUACACCGACCUAGGGGCUAAAAUUCCCUCCGGAGCUCUUUUAAGUGGACCCCCUGGAAAUGGUAAGACGUUGCUGGCUCGUGCUAUAGCUGGGGAGGCAUCAGUUCCUUUUAUCAACACGGCAGGGCCCAACUUUAUUGAAAAGAUCGGUGGAUUGGGACCAAAACGUGUCAGAGAAAUAUUCAAGGUAUGUAAAGAACAUGCCCCGUGUAUCCUCUUUAUUGAUGAGAUAGACGCUUUGGCAUCAAAAAGAGGUGGCUCUGGUGGUAUUGGAAUGGGAUCUGGACAAGAGGACAAUGAGAAAACACGUACUGUUAACCAGCUUCUAGUUGAGAUGGAUGGCAUGUACAGUAGAGAUGAGAUAUUUGUGAUAGGAGCCACUAACAGAGACGACACUCUAGAUUCAGCUGUUACACGUCCUGGUAGACUCGACAGAAAGGUGUAUAUUGACAACCCUACUGAGAUAGAGCGCGAGGAGAUAUUCAAGAUACACAUGGCUACUGUUAAGAUAGGUGACAACUUGAAGGAGAGUUACGCAGCCAGGCUAGCAGCCUGCACUCCUGGUAAAAGUGGCGCAGAUAUAGCAAACAUUUGUAACGAAGCAGCGAUACAGGCUGCUAGGCAAGUUAAAACGUCCGUUGAAGAGGCGGAUUUUGAAGCUGCUCUGGAACGAAUCACCGCAGGAUUGGAACGAAAAUCGUCAUCAGUUUCGGAAGAAGAGAUCCAGCUCGCCGCUUAUUACAUUGCCGGGCAAACUUUCCUUUCCUGGGUCCUUCCUACAUUGACUCCAGUUCUCAAAGCGUCCAUGGUUGCCCGGGUAAAUAACCCUCUCGGAUUUGUCCAGUUCGCUCCUAGAAAAGAAUUACUCGCAACCAAGGAGCACUUGCUGGAUUUGGUGUGUCGUGGUUUGGCUGGCAAAGCUUCUCAGAUGAUAUUUCUUGAUAAACACACUACUCAAGCCCAGAGUGAUUUAGAGAGGAUUACUAAUGUGGCAUACUCGAUGAUUGCUGAUCAUGGAAUGGGGAAAUCUGCGCCUAAUCUCUCGUUUCACGAGCAGCGAUCCCAACAACGAAGAGUCAAUAUUUGGAGCAACAAACUGCAACAAGAAAUGGACGAAGAAGUUAACUCGAUUGUUCAGGAGCAGUACGAAAGAGCGUCUCAAAUCAUAGAGAAGAAUAAAGAGCUAAUCAAGAAGCUCUCAACAGACCUUUACGAGAGAAAGUCACUAACGGAGGAUGAAGUAACGGAGUUGAUUGAAAAGUAUGGGCCUGUGCUAGAAACGUAACAUUGGUAGAAAAUAUUCGUGCUAGUUGUGAGAUAUAACGGCCCUCAAAUUCAGCAAUUUCAAAUGUGCUGACGCGGUAACUACUAGAACAAAGGAGUAAAUUAGGAUGGCCCCGGUGAUAACACGUGAUCAUCUAACAUCUUCAAGUGCCUUUCUAAUACGGUUCUAGUCAGGCUAAGGAUUGUUGAUUGGUUAACUGGUGAAUUCACGAUCUGGCGGGAAUUUUGCAAAUGUGACUCUUGCUCAACCACCAGAUGAUUUCGUUUUGAACUUGUUAAAGCUUUAAAGAACAUUUUGAAGAAAUUCACUACGGGUCGUUUACAUAUUGCGUAUUUAAUCACUCUUUGGCCAAUUUUUAUCCCCCCCCCCCCCUUCAGUAAUCAGUUUUACGUUUUAAACACAACUUUUGUGUUUAAAUUAAUCCAGCGUAUUAUCAUUUGGAUCCCCCUCAGUGAUUACGUAAUAUGUGAACCUUAUUACCAGACCGUCCAAAGGAGUCUUCUUCCUAAAAUGAUUCUUUAUUCUUUCAAGUUCUUGAUGUAUUUGAUGUGUAAAUUUGUUUUUUGUAAUUUUGUAUGGCAAUAGCAAAUUAUUAUUGUUUUCUUGUCAGGAAUCGUCGUAUUUUGAGUUUGGACGAAUGUGAAACCGAUUUAUUCAUUCUUGUUCUGAAAUGGCUUUCAAAUUUCAA